AUGAAAAGAUAUUUGCAUACCACAUCCAAAUUAUUAUAUUACAAAUCGAUGAAAAUCAAUAAUGCAAUAAAUCUUACAGAAUCAGAACAAAACAUUCGUAAUGUGCUAGUUGGAUAUUGUGAAUAUUACAAUAAAAUCAAUAAACCUUCUUUAACAUUAAGAAUAACAGGUGGAUGGGUUAGAGAUAAAUUAUUAGGAUAUGAUAGUCAAGAUAUAGAUAUAGCAGUCAAUUGUCUUACAGGAGAAGAAUUUGUUCAUGGACUUCAAAAAUAUCUUUAUGAUAAAGAACCAGAAAUUUCAAUGAAUCAUGUACAUACAAUAAAAAUGAAUCCACUAAAAUCUAAACAUUUAGAAACUUGUACCACUAAAUUAUAUGGAAUAGAUUUAGACUUCAUAAAUUUAAGAUCAGAAGAGUAUACAGAUGAUAGUAGAGUACCAACAAUUGAAUUUGGAACUCCAUUACAAGAUGCAUUAAGAAGAGAUGCAACAUUAAAUGCAUUAUUUUAUAAUUUAAAUGAAGAAAAAAUUGAAGAUUUUACAGAAAAGGGUUUAGAAGAUUUAAAGAAUGGAAUUUUAAGAACACCAUUAUCUCCAAUUAAAACAUUUCUUGAUGAUCCAUUAAGAAUACUACGAUUAAUAAGAUUUGCAAGUAAAUUUAAUUUUUUAAUAGAUUCAGAAACAUUAGAUGCAAUGAAAGAAAAACAUAAUCAAGAGGCACUUUCAACAAAAAUCAGUAAAGAAAGAAUUGAAAUAGAAUUAAGAAAAAUUUUAACAAGUCAUAACCCAAGUUAUGGAUUACAAUUGAUCAACUAUUGUGAUUUAAUCAAAAGUAUAUUUUAUGUUGAACAAUUGGAAAAAGAAUUCAAUGUUAAAGAAUUACAAAUAUCUUUAAAUCAAAUACCUCAUCAUGUAUAUAUAUCAAGUUCAAUUUAUUUAACUUUUGAACAACUCAUACUAAAUUCAUCAAUUAAACAUAUUUUUCAAAAAUUUUUAAAAGAUCCAGAAAUGAGAUAUAAUUUUUGGUUAUCAAUAAUAUUAAAUCCUUAUACAAAUGUUUCACUGAAAAAUAUAUUCAGUCAAUAUUUAAGAUUAGGAUUAACAGCUAAAAAAAGUGAUAUUGUAAAAAUAUCGACAUUAAAUUUACUGACUCAUGAAAUAUUAUCAAAUGAAUCCAAUGAAAGGUCGGAUUGGGGAAUAUAUUUACGUCAAUUUUCUUCAUUUUAUGAUUUAAAUUUAUUAGUUCAAUGCUUUUUAGAAUGUGUAAAUACAAUUAAAGUAGAUAUAACAAGUGAAAUACCUAUACCAAAUCAUCAAAUAGAUACAACUGAAGAUGAAAAAUAUAUAAUUUCUCAAAUAAUUUCGAAAUAUGAGUCGAUAUUUGCAAAAAUUGAAAAAAUGGAAUUAUUAGAUGUUCAUUUAUUAAAACCAUUAAUUGAUGGUACAGCUUUGUCAAAAAGUUUGAAAAUGAAACCUGGUCCAUGGUUGAAACCUGCUACAGAAGAAGUAUUAAUAUGGCAAUUAAAUAAUCCAAAAGGUUCAAAAGAUGAAUGUUUAGAAUAUAUAAAACAAACUUUGUAG